UCAAAGAAAAGACUUAUUAAAAGGGGAAUGAAGAGAUGAACACUCUUUUUAAAUUACAAUUGCUACGAGGCAGUUCUCACAGAGAGAAAAUAGUACGCAGACACCUCCGAGAUGUAUCCGAUUGUGUAAAUCUGCCCGACUCGUAUUUACUCAAAAACUGUGGAGUUAACCGGAUGGUAUUCCAUCGAAUUCUACUUAUACUAGAGCCUGUUGUUCCCAAGACACAAAGGUCGAAUGGUAUACCAUUCCCUUUAAAGGUACUGCUGACUUUGUCAUUUCUGGCUAGUGGUUCCCAUCAGAAGUCAGUGGGCAAAGAUUUCAAUGUCAAUAUUUCCCAAAAGUCAGUGAGUAGAGUUAUCAAGAUCAUUGUAGAAGGACUCAACUUUGUGUUGGAUAAAUGGGUGGUAUUUCCAAGUAGUUCCCUUCAGAGGGAACAAAUAAAAGAUGGUUUUUACAGGAAGUAUCACUAUCCUGAAACUAUUGGAUGCCUAGAUGGCACUUAUGUUGAAAUAGUGUGCCCUAGGGAUGAUGAAGAAGCAUUCUAUGACAAAAAAUGCCAAUACUCCAUACAUGCACAGAUUAUGUGUGAUGCGGAUAUGGUGAUAACAGCAGUGUGCUGCCGUUUUGGCGGGGCGUCGAGCAACGCCUACAUCUGGAGCAAGAUGAACAUUCGGCCUUUUAUCGAGCAUGUCAGUAAGCAGGGCGAGACUGGCUGGAUUAUUGCUGACAGCAAAUAUCCGCAAAGACCAUGGCUUAUGACACCGAUCCCCCACGCGCCCCAAGGCACGCCAGAAUCCCAGUACAACCACUUCCACGCUCGCACGAAAUCCUGCAUCAACUGCUGCAUCGCGAAGCUAAAGGGCCGAUGGCAGUGCCUUUAUAAAAGACCUCUACAUUACUCCCCACAAAGAGCUGCGAAGAUUAUCAAUGCUUGUGCUGUGUUGCAUAAUCUUUGCACAAAAGCUGGGUUGGACACGGAGCCUUAUGUAGAAACUGAGGCGCUUACGAUGAAUGAAGCUACUGAACUGCCUGAAGAUAAUAUGAAUGACUUGUAUAUUGGUAUGGAAGUGAGACGGCAGUUGGCGGAAAGAAUUUACUACAGUGUUUAAGAUACAUAUGUUGAA